AUGGGGAAAUUUUCAAUCCCUAUUUUGUGUGUUCUGCUGCUGUGCUUUCUGGUUUCGUUUUCAGAAGCAGAGUAUAGAAAGUAUAAAGACCCUAAAGUGCCAUUGGGUAGAAGAAUCAGAGACUUGUUGAGUAGAAUGACUCUGGAGGAAAAGAUAGGUCAAAUGACUCAGGUUGAAAGGAGUGUUGCUACUCCUGAUGCUAUAAGCAAGUACUUCAUUGGGAGUGUGCUGAGUGGGGGAGGGAGUGUUCCAGCUCCAAAAGCUUCUGCAGAGACAUGGGUGAAAAUGGUGAAUCAGAUCCAAAAUGCAGCUUUAUCUACUCCCCUUGGGAUACCGAUGAUUUAUGGGAUAGAUGCUGUUCAUGGUCACAAUAAUGUCUACAAUGCUACCAUUUUUCCUCACAAUGUUGGGCUAGGAGUUACCAGGGAUCCGGUGCUAAUAAAAAAGAUUGGAGAAGCAACUGCCCUUGAAGUUAGAGCUACCGGAAUUCCAUAUGUCUUUGCUCCCUGUAUUGCGGUUUGCAGAGAUCCAAGGUGGGGACGUUGCUACGAAAGCUACAGUGAGGAUCCUCAGAUUGUUCGAACUAUGACUGAAAUUAUACCGGGUCUGCAAGGAGAUAUUCCUGGAAAAUCCAGGAAAGGAACUCCCUUUGUUGCUGGAAAGAACAAGGUUGCAGCUUGUGCCAAGCACUUUGUGGGAGAUGGUGGCACAAACAAGGGUAUCAAUGAGAACAAUACUUUGAUAAACUACAAAGGAUUGCUUGGAAUUCACAUGCCGGCAUACUAUGACUCUGUUAUCAAGGGUGUUUCAACAGUUAUGAUCUCCUACACUAGCUGGAAUGGGAAGAAAAUGCAUGCUAACCGGGAUCUUGUCACUGAUUACCUCAAGAACAAACUGCGGUUCAGGGGUUUUGUCAUAUCAGAUUGGCAGGGUAUUGACCGGAUUACAUCUCCUCCUCAUGCUAACUAUUCAUACUCUGUUCAAGCUGGUGUUAGUGCUGGAAUUGAUAUGAUUAUGGUUCCCUAUAACUUUACUGAGUUCAUUGAUGACCUGACCUAUCAAGUUAAGAACAAUAUUAUCCCAGAGAGCAGGAUUAAUGAUGCUGUAGCAAGAAUCUUAAGAGUGAAAUUUACCAUGGGCCUUUUUGAAAAUCCACUCGCUGAUCUAAGCCUCACAAACCAAUUGGGUAGCAAGGAACAUAGAGAGUUAGCUAGAGAAGCUGUUCGAAAAUCCCUAGUGUUGUUAAAGAAUGGUAAAUCUGCUCAUAAGCCACUGCUUCCUCUUCCCAAGAAAGCUUCAAAAAUAUUGGUGGCAGGAAGUCAUGCUGACAAUUUGGGUAAUCAAUGUGGUGGAUGGACAAUUACAUGGCAAGGGCUUACUGGUAGUGAUCUUACAUCCGGUACAACCAUCCUUGAUGCGAUAAAACAAACAGUUGAUCCUGCAACCAACGUUGUCUACAAUGAAAAUCCUGAUGCUAAUUUUAUCAAGUCGAACAAAUUUUCCUAUGCCAUAGUAGUUGUGGGAGAACCACCUUAUGCUGAGACAUUUGGUGACAGUUUGAAUCUAACAAUAGCUGAGCCAGGUCCAAGCACCAUAACCAAUGUAUGUGGCUACAUUCAAUGUGUAGUUGUUCUCGUCACUGGGCGCCCGGUUGUGAUUCAGCCAUAUCUAUCAAAGAUUGAUGCACUUGUAGCUGCCUGGCUUCCUGGCACCGAAGGUCAAGGUGUUGCCGACGUUCUUUAUGGUGACUUUGAAUUCACCGGUAAGCUGGCAAGGACGUGGUUCAAGACAGUUGACCAGCUACCAAUGAAUGUUGGUGAUAAACAUUAUGAUCCUCUUUUUCCAUUUGGAUUUGGUUUGACUACAAACCUUACCAAGUAUUAG